AUGGCAGAUCCUAAUGAGUCGACAACUCACGGCCUAUAUCUCACUGGAAAUUUCGAGAUAGAAAAAAAGACUUCCCCAGAGAAUGGCUGGAGGUCCGAGUAUCGGACCUACACGACUUGCAUUAGUGGCGGAGGCGCUCACCGAAACAACCGAAUGAGUUAUGAAGUUGUAGCACGCGGAUUCGGUCCAGCCCAAUUCAAACUCGAGGAAGGCAGCAUUUAUUUCCUCAGAGGUUCUUUUUUCCCUUUGAACAAGGAAGACACUACUGGCGACAUUCUAUUUUUUGAAGCUUCAGAUCGUAUAUUAAUUGGACCCGCCGACACCUUUGCCGGAGAUCUGGUGAACUCCAUUGGCGUCACUGGCGUUGGGAUAGUUACAGCGAUCGCAAAGAUGCCGGAGCCCAUUACGAACGGCUGUCUCCCAAACCCAAGUGAUGGGGAGAAGAUAGUCACCAUUGUAACUGUGCUACAUUCCGAUUAUCACCCAACUGUGCGCACAGUCCUAAAUCCACUCCAACUCAUUACUGAUAACAUCUUACCGCAGUUAAAAGUGCCUAAACAAUGCAAGAUACAGUACCGUAUCCCACCUACCCGCAACUUAGCCGGUGUUCCAAAGAUAUUGCAAGUUGGGCGAGAAUACCAGUUUCAUGGCUUCUUGAAGGAUUUUGAUGAAGACCAAUGCGUCUACGUAGUUCUUGCAAGCAAAGUCACCCCAACCACUGGCAGCAAAGAAUACGAUGUAGGCAUUAAGCCUAUUGACACCAAAGCAAAAGAUGCAAAGCCAGAUAUUACGGGUAAAAAGCCAGCAAAUCGCCAGUUCUUAGCACCGAUUCUGAAAAGAGUCCCAGCCGACUACGGACCGUGUUCCUUUUCUCCCGCCUCGACGCAUCCGACACCUGGUGCUUCGAACAGUUCAUCCGACACCGCCUUAGCUAAUGAGGACGUUAAUACGCUCGGGAAGAAAAAAGGCCGAUCCCAACCAAAAAGGAUAACUAAGAAAAGCAGAACCCUCGACCUCAGCAACGAAGUCUAG